AUGCUUAAAUAAGUAAGGAGCAAUGCUAUAAAUGUCGAUCCUUUCACAAAUCGGAAUUAGAUUACCCCAAAUGUCAAUUAAAGACAUAAAAUAAAUCAACUUACCCAUAUAAAUCUAUUUUCUGAUAAAACAGCAGAUACAUUAACUUCAUCAAUCACUACAUUGUUUCAUCCUCAUGUUUCUAAUGUUUCUGAAUUUAAGAGUUUUAAUGCGUAUCCCUCUACUCUUAACAAUUAUCUUGACAAAUAUUUCAAUCCCUAUAGAAGAUUUUCAGAAAAAUAAAAUCGUCAAAAAUCACCAUCUCCUUUAAUUACUAAUAAUAGUCAAUUUAAAUUAUCGAAUGAGAUUGAAUCCUUUCGAGAUUCAAUUCAAGCUAUUGAUCAUGAUUAAAUAUCAACAUCUCAGCCAAGAACUUCAAAUAUAAAUCCUUAAACCAAGAAAUCUAAAGUGCGUUAUAAUUCUCUAAUACAACUAAUAUCGUAAAAAAAUAAUUAAGAAAAGAAUAAGUUCAACUUAAAUUACAAAAUCUAGAAUAAAAUAUUGAUUAAAAUAAUUUAACAAUAAAAUAACUUUCAGUCUUCAUAAAAUUAAAAUAAUAUUAAUCAUAUUAAAAAUCAAGAGAAAAAAAAAUUAAUCUCAAAUUAAAAUGAUUAAAAAUCAUUUAUUCCCAUUAAAUCAGAUGAGAAAGGGUAAACACAAGAUUUAAUAAUACAAAAGCAAGAUCCCAAAGAAUUAAUUGAAUAUAAUGUCAAAUAAUUUAGAAUAUAAAUAAAUAAGACUAUAUUAUUAAAUUAAACUUAACAAGAAAAUCCUGAAAUAAUACAAUACUAAAUUCCAGAAAUUCAUUAAGAGAUUACUUUACCAAAAAUUAUAAAUUAAUAGCAAUAAGAAUUAGAAGAUCCAAAUUUUAAACGAACAAAGAGUGAGAUAUUGAGACCUUAAAAAGCUUAAUAAAAAUUCUCAAAUUUGAAACUCAAAUUAAAUGGAUUCUAAAUUAAAUUUUUAAUUGCUAUUCUGAUUGUGAUUUUAUUAAUAAAAUUUUAUACUCCAUUAGUGUGA